AUGGCUGCCGAUUAUCUUAGAGGACUUCUCAAUUAUUUGAGACAAAAAAAAGUUUUAGCUCCAGAAUCUCAAUUGAAAAAAUCUAAGGCUCAACAAAAGACCGCUGAACAACUUGCUGCUGAAAGAGUUGCUCGUAAGGCUGCUAACCAAGAAAAAAGAAAAGUUAUCUUGGCUAGAAACGCUGCUUACCAAAAGCAAUACACUGAAGCUGAACGUGCUGUUGUUAAGGCUAAGCGUGAUGCUAGAUCUUCCGGUUCUUACUAUGUUCCAGCUGAACACAAGUUGGUUUUUGUUGUUAGAAUCAAGGGUAUUAACAAGAUUGCUCCAAAACCAAGAAAGGUUUUGCAAUUGUUAAGAUUGAACCAAAUUAACUCUGGUGUUUUCGUUAAAGUUACCAAAGCUACCGUUGAAUUGUUGAAAUUGGUUGAACCAUAUGUUGCUUAUGGUUACCCAUCUUUCUCUACCGUUAGACAAUUGGUUUACAAGAGAGGUUUCGGUAAGGUCAACAAGCAAAGAAUUGCCUUGAGUGACAAUGCCAUUGUUGAAGCCGCUUUGGGCCAAUACGGUAUCUUGUCUAUCGAUGAUUUGAUCCACGAAAUUGUUUCUGUCGGACCACACUUUAAACAAGCCAACAACUUUUUGUGGCCAUUCAAGUUAUCCAACCCAACUGGUGGCUGGGGUGUUCCAAGAAAAUUCAAGCACUUUAUCCAAGGUGGUUCUUUCGGUAACCGUGAAGAAUUUAUUAACAAAUUGGUUAAGGCUAUGAAUUAG